GCAUAUGCACGUCUUUCAGAAAAGUGAUUGACCGGAAAGUAGCACAACAGCACAGAAAGAACCCGUUUUUGUUUUGCUGAACUUCUUGACGGGGAGGUUCCUCUGGUUCGGGCAUGCUCAGUCAGCUUGUUUUUGUCUAAGAACCUGUAAGCAUCAAUCAUCCGAGCUCUCCAUCCACACCCAGUUAAGAUGUUUAUGAGCAGGCAGCGAUUCCUGCCAUAGGCCUUACAUAAUAAAAUCAGUAAGACCCGCCCACACGAGUUAAAGGCCGAUCAGGGAACAUGCACAGCUUUAGUUUUGUUUUGAACCUGAAGGAAGAGCAGCUUCCCUGCACUUGAAUGCGCCUCUCGCUUUUUGUUUGACUUCGCACGUCUGAAUUCGACACACUUUAGGGGCUGCAAACUUUUGCAAGACCAAAGAUGAUUUUCGACAAGCUGAACAAGUUCGACAUAGUGUUUGAUUCUCCGGAGAUGGACUGUCCUCCGGUGUUCAGCAGUGGAGAUGUUGUCUCAGGGAAGGUUGUGCUCGAGCUCUCGGCGGAGAGUAAAGUCGAGUCGCUGAAGUUGCACGCUGAAGGUUUCGCUAAAGUCUACUGGACCGAGUCUCGCAGCGCCGGCUCCAGCACCGCUUACACGCAGAACUACAGCGAUGAAGUGGAGUACCUGAACCGGAGAGAGGUUCUGCUGCAGGCAGAUAACGGUGAACUGACAGUCCUGUCUGCCGGGAGACACGAGUACCCUUUCAGUUUCCAGCUGCCAGAGGAAACUCUAGUGACAUCCUUUGAAGGCAAGCACGGCAGCAUUCGAUACUGGGUGAAGGUUAAGCUGCAUCGCCCAUGGGCCACCGUCAAGAAGAUCAAGAAAGAGUUCACCGUUAUCGAGCCCAUUGACAUCAACACACCAAGUUUACUGGCACCUCAAGCUGGAACCAAAGAUAAGAUGGCCCGCAUCUGGUACCGCAACUGCGGGCAGGUGUCAAUCACCGCAAAGAUCGACCGCAAGGGCUACACGCCGGGUGAAGUGAUUCCAGUCUUCGCUGAAUUCGAUAACUCCACCUCUCGCUCAGUGGUGCCGAAAGCUUACAUCACCCAGACGCAGACCUUCAUCGCAAGGGGCACCAUGAAACAGAAGCGAGCCGUGGUGGCCACUUUGUGCGGGGACAUAGUAGGCGCACGCCGUAGGGAGACAUGGCACGGCCGCGCCAUCAAAAUCCCCCCAGUCGGCCCCUCCAUCCUGCAGUGUCGCGUCAUUAAAGUGGAAUACAUGCUCAGGGUGUGCGUUGAUGUUCCUGGGACGUCCAAGCUUUCCCUGGAGCUUCCUUUGGUUAUGGGCACCAUCCCUUUGCAUCCGUUCGGCAGUCGCACGUCUAGCGUCAGCAGCCAGUACAGCGUGAACAUGGAGUGGCUUCGCAUGGCCAUCCCGGAGCAGCCUGAGCCUCCUCCAGAUUACAGCUCUGUUGUGUCAGAUGAGGAUGCGGUCCAGAACUCCACAGCAGUCCAACCUGAGGAAGACCUGAGCGGCGUGCUGCAGCGCUCCCUCUUGGCCUACGUGCAGGAGUUCAGAUUACGCCCGCCUCCGGUGUACAGCGAGGUGGACCCAAACCCUCAGCCUAUCACCAUGCGUCCUCGCUGCAUGACCUGUUGAACUCUCUGCCAGCUGAGCAUCACCUGAUGUUUGAAACAAAAGCCGAGAUUUGAUUCUCCCGUAUGCCUCUCUGAGACUGAGAUUGGCACUUGUUCCUCGUUCGAGCCGUUCGCAUCUGUGCUUCCUGCAGUGGGGCCGAGAGAGGAGGAGAUGUCUGGACUAGGCGAGGCAGAGCGCUUUCAUCAAACAAAGAGGACAUUCAGUACCGGGGCAAACAAAGGUUCUGCCCAUGUCUGGUCACAAAGAGCGAUCAGACUCUAGUUUGUGCCUAGAACGGUUGUACGUAGAAUCAGGGAAUUUUGGGCAUGAUCACUAGAGAAUUAUGGGUGAGAAGCCAUUCUAGAUGCUGCACAUAGUGCUUUAUUUUGCUGUGAACGAGGGCCUAGUCCCUUUUAAAACCAGCUAAGGUCUGCCACCUUAGAUGCUAGCAGGCAUUUGAUGCCGUCCUCUCCCAAAACCAUCAUCAUGUACGUCUCAUUUGGUGUUGAUGUUAGCCAAAGAGAUCGGUUUAACGUUCAUGUGAACUGAUAAUUCUAUGCAAAAGGGAAAACCUAGUGCUUCAAGGAAAUGAUGUGGGGGAAAUUGCACAUUUUCUGGAAGUAGAAAAUCUUUUUCCCCCUCUUGGAGUGGAUCUCAUGUUGUCAAGUUGCAUUUGGCUCGACAGAGGUCGAGUCCAUGACCUGGAAGGUUUUAACAUACCGCCGAAUGUAAACCACAGAUAACUUUUGCGCGAAACCGUUGUUUUUCUUGGUAAUUUUUGCCAGUGGCUUGAGGCAAUGUAAAACAGGGCUGGAGCAGCCCUUGACAGUUAGCUUUACGAAUAAUGGGGGAAAAUACAGAGCCACGUGUAUCCAAGGUGCCUUUUUUGUUGUUUUAGAAGAAACAAUGAACGACUACAGGGAUUAUGUCACGUUAAGCUUUCCUAGUGUUGCGACUCCCUGAAGUGUCCUUAAAGACAUUCCAAGAAUACCACAGACUUGCUUCAUUUCCAGAUGAUGAAAAAAUUUAACUUCAGACUUGAACACAAUGAUUGUUUAUGGCACUCAUUUUGAAUGAAUGUAUUUUAUAGA